AUGACUAAUACCCUCACCGGUGUUCUUUGUCGAUUCAGGAAAGAAGUCACGGCCUUCAUGUGUGACGUGAAGGAAAUGUUCCACCAAUUCCAGGUAAACAAAGAGCAUAGAAAUUAUAUCCGGUUUCUAUGGUGGUUAAACGGAGAUGUUAGUCGCCGACUUAGUGACUGCCAAAUGAACGUUCAUCUUUUUGGUGCCACGUCAUCGCCUGGCUGUUCGAACUUUGCAUUGAAGCAGAUUGCAAAAGACUAUGCAGAUGAGUUUGUACAUGAUGCAUCAGAUUUCAUACAGAAUGACUUCUACGUCGAUGAUGGGUUGAAAUCUGUAUCAACCGAAGAUGAAGCCAUUGAUCUCAUCAUGAGGACGAGAAAGAUAUGUGAACGUGGACGUCUUCACCUACAUAAGAUCGUAUCCAACUCCAAAAAUGUAAUGCAAUCAGUUCCAGUUGAUGACAGAGGAAAGGACCUCAAGGAAUUGAAUCUUUUGCAAGACACUUUGCCUGUGGAAAAAGCUCUCGGAGUUCCUGUCGGAAACUACGACGACCAACUCAGAUACAAAAGAUGGCGGACCUACCAAAGGAUUGUCUAG